UCAUUGAGUUAUCGGAACCAGUUCCGACGGAUCGGUCUACUCUAAUGUCAACAAAUCCAGGAAACAGCUGUAGAGGAAAUAAUGCCGAGGACUAGUAAAGAAACUUUUUCAAGAAAAAAGUAUUUCGUGUGGACGGCGGAUUCUACGGAAUGCCUUUUGGAAAUGUGGAUGGAAAACCUUUCCGAUUUUUAUGGACGUCGAAAAAACUCUCAUAUCAUGAGGGAAAUGGCGGAAUCUAUGAAGGAUUACGGGCUUUCUAUGCUGGAAAUAAAAGCGAAAAUGGACAACAUGAAGAAAAAAUACCGCAAGGAAUUCCAAAUUCUUAGUUUAUCAGGUAGUAAACGCUCUAAUUGGGAGUACUUUUCCCAAAUGCGACAUAUUAUGGAAUACAAUGACGAUGAAUUCGAAAGCGAUGAAGAGAGCAUGCCAAAGUCAAGCCAUAAUAAAAGCAGUCCUGUUAAAAAGGAAUCACCCAAGGGAAACCAAUCCGAAAAUGAAUAUUCAGAUUCGUCUUUUGAAUUUGAGUUCCCUGAGCCAGACGUCAAUCGUAAAAACAGCAAACGUCCCCAUGAUGAGGUGUAUGACGACAGCGAUGAGGAAGAACCAUCGAUAAACUUGCAUUUGGAGAGCAGUCUCUCUGAUGAAAACACAACUGAAAGCAUCCAUUCGGAAAAUGAAUCAGAGCGGUCGAUUGAAUUUGUUUUUCCUGAACUCAACGCUAAACGCUAUAAGCACAAACGGGCCAAAGCAAUGGGAGAAGAAAUGUUGGCUCUUCAAAGAGAAACUCUCAACGUCAUGCGAACGAUGGCAAAGGACCUUUCCAGCUUUCAUGACAAGUUCUUGAAAGCACUAAAACCAACUCACCACAAACGCUCUUCAUAGCUAGAAUAAAUUACUUAAAAAAUUAUAUUUGUUAUUAUGAUAUGACAACAUUCUUUCAAAAGGUGCAAAAUAUUUUUGCUACAAAUUAUAUGCUGUCUUGACUCGAGAAC